AUAAUAUAUGAAGGUGAUUUAAAAAUACACACACAUUUGUUACCUUAUACCUCUAUAGGUAAGAAGUCUGACAUGUCUCCUGGGCUAAAAUCAAGGUGGCAGUAGGGCUGUGUUUCUUUCUGGAAGCUCUAGUGCAGAAUCUGUUUCCUUUUUAGCCUCUUGUGACCACCUGCAUUCUUUAGCUCCUGGACCUCUUUCUCCAUUCAGAUGAUAUUUUUACAUUUUUAAAGUAAAAAUGUAUGAGCAUAAUACUUAAAACUUAAGCUUUGGUUUAAGUUUAAUGUAUGUGGAACAGUCAUAAGGAUACUAUACAUGAUUUAUAUCCUUGUUAUUAAAUAUUUUAAUAUUCAGACCUGAUGGCCAAAAGAAAGGAAGAGAAUUUCUGCUCUCCUGAAAAUGCCAAAAGACCAAGACUAGAAGAGAUGGAGGAUUUUGAUAGAGAUGGUGAUGAUGAACGUACAGUUUCUUUCACUAAUGGUACCUCUACUUUGACUGCAGCAGAAGUUGGAAUAAUUGAGAGUAUUCAGCUAAAAAACUUCAUGUGCCAUUCAAUGCUUGGACCCUUUAAAUUUGGCUCCAAUGUUAACUUCGUCGUUGGCAACAAUGGAAGUGGGAAGAGCGCAGUACUCACAGCUCUCAUAGUCGGUCUUGGUGGAAAAGCAAUCGCAACUAACAGAGGAUCUUCUUUAAAAGGUUUUGUGAAAGAUGGACAGAACUCAGCAGAUAUCUCAAUAACAUUAAGGAACAGAGGAGAUGAUGCCUACAGAGCAAAUGUGUAUGGAAACUCUAUAGUGGUGCAACAGCACAUCAGCAUGGAUGGAAGUCGAUCUUAUAAACUAAAAAGUGAAUCAGGCACCGUGGUUUCUACUAGGAAAGAAGAGCUGAUUGCAAUUCUUGAUCAUUUUAACAUACAGGUGGAUAAUCCGGUUUCUGUUUUAACACAAGAGAUGAGCAAGCAGUUUUUACAGUCUAAAAAUGAGGGAGACAAAUACAAAUUUUUCAUGAAAGCAACCCAACUCGAACAGAUGAAGGAAGAUUAUUCGUAUAUUAUGGAAACAAAAGAAAGAACAAAGGAGCAGAUAAAUCAAGGAGAAGAGCGACUUGUUGAACUGAAGCGCCAGUGUUUAGAGAAAGAAGAACGUUUUCAAAUUAUUGCUGGUUUAAGCACAAUGAAGACAAAUUUAGAAUACUUGAAACAUGAAAUGGCUUGGGCAGUGGUCAAUGAAAUUGAAAAACAAUUGAAUGCUAUCAGAGAUAAUAUCAAAAUUGGAGAAGAUCGUGCUGCUAGACUUGAAAGGAAAAUGGAAGAACAGCAGGCCAGACUUAAUGAAGCAGAAAAUAAAUACAAGGAUAUUCAAGAUAAACUGGAAAAGAUCAGUGAAGAGACAAAUGCACGAGCACCAGAGUGUAUGGCAUUGAAAGCAGAUGUUACUGCUAAGAAAAGAGCCUAUAAUGAAGCUGAGGUUUUAUAUAACCGUUCCCUGAAUGAGUACAGAGCAUUGAAGAAAGAUGAUGAGCAGCUUUGCAAAAGAAUUGAAGAGCUCAAAAAAAGUGCCGAUCAGUCUUUGGAACCUGAGCGGUUGGAAAGGCAAAGAAAAAUAUCUUGGUUAAAAGACAGAGUAAAGGCCUUACAGGAUCAAGAGAGUUCCGUCGGUCAAGAGGCUGAGCAGUUUCAGCAAGCCGUAGACAAGGACAGGGAGGAACAUACUAGGGUUCGGAGAGAAGAAUUAGAUGUGAAGCACACACUGAACUAUAACCAGAGGCAACUGAAAGAACUGAAAGACAGUAAAACUGAUCGACUGAAACGAUUUGGCCCUCAUGUUCCAGCUCUUCUUGAAGCGAUAGAAGAUGCUUAUAGACGUGGGCAGUUUACCUAUAAACCUGUAGGCCCCUUAGGAGCUUGCAUUCAUCUUCGAGACCCUGAACUUGCUUUGGCUAUUGAAUCUUGCUUAAAAGGACUUUUGCAAGCCUAUUGUUGCCAUAAUCAUUCUGAUGAAAGAGUACUUCAGGCACUGAUGAGAAAGUUUUAUUUACCAGGGACCUCACGGCCACAGAUAAUAGUUUCUGAGUUUCGGAAUGACUUGUAUGAUGUACGACACAGAGCUGCGUAUCAUCCCGAGUUCCCGACGGUACUGACAGCUCUGGAAAUAAAUAACGCAGUUGUUGCAAACAGCCUGAUUGACAUGAGAGGGAUAGAGACCAUCCUGCUAAUCAAAAAUAAUUCUGUGGCUCGUGCAGUAAUGCAGUCCCAAAAACCACCCAAGAAUUGUAGAGAAGCUUUUACUGCUGAUGGUGAUCAGGUUUUUGCAGGACGCUAUUAUUCAUCUGAAUAUACAAGACCUAAAUUCCUAAGCAGGGAUGUGGAUUCUGAAAUAAGUGAAUUGGAGAAUGAUGUUGAAAAUAAGAAGGCCCAGAUAGUAAAUCUUCAGCAACAUUUGUCUGCCCUUGAAAAGGAUAUUAAACGCAAUGAAGAAUUUCUUAGACGGUACCAACUACGUUAUAAAGAGUUAAAGAUGAAAAUAAGAAAAAAUAUUUCUGAAAUUCAGGAACUUGAGAAUAUAGAAGAACACCAGUCUGUAGAUAUUGCAACCUUGGAAGAUGAAGCUCAAGAAAAUAAAAUCAAAAUGAAAAUGGUGGAGAAAAGUAUGGAACAGCAAAAAGAAAAUAUGGAAUAUCUUAAAAGUGUGAAAAUAGAAGCAGAAAAUAAGUAUGAUGCGAUUAAACUGAAAGUUAAUCAGCUGUCAGAGCUAGCAGAUCCAUUGAAGGAUGAAUUAAACCUUGCUGAUUCUGAAGUGGAUAACCAAAAACGAGGGAAGCGGCAUUAUGAAGAAAAACAAAGAGAACACUUGAAUACUUUAAAUAAAAAGAAGAGAGAGCUGGAUAUGAAAGAAAAAGAGCUAGAGGAGAAAAUGUCACAAGCAAGACAAAUCUGCCCAGAACGGAUAGAAGUAAAAAAGUCUGCAUCAAUUCUAGACAAAGAAAUUAAUAGAUUAAGACAAAAGAUCCAGGCCGAACAUGCUAGUCAUGGAGAUCGAGAGGAAAUAAUGAGGCAGUACCAAGAAGCAAGAGAAACCUACCUUGAUCUGGAUACUAAAGUAAAGACUUUAAAAAGGUUUAUUAAAUUACUGGAAGAAAUAAUGACCUAUAGAUACAAAACAUACCAACAAUUUAGAAGGUGUUUGACUUUACGAUGCAAAUUGUACUUUGACAACUUAUUAUCCCAGCGGGCCUAUUGCGGAAAAAUGAAUUUUGACCAUAAGAACGAAACCCUUACUAUAUCAGUGCAGCCGGGAGAGGGAAACAGAGCAACUUUCAACGACAUGAGAGCCUUAUCUGGAGGCGAGCGCUCCUUCUCCACCGUGUGCUUCAUUCUCUCCCUCUGGUCCAUUGCCGAGUCUCCUUUCAGAUGCCUGGACGAGUUCGAUGUCUACAUGGACAUGGUUAACCGGAGGAUCGCGAUGGACAUGAUACUCAAGAUGGCCGAUUCCCAGCGUUUCAGACAGUUUAUCUUGCUCACCCCUCAAAGCAUGAGCUCACUUCCAUCAACCGAAAUGAUUAGAAUUCUUCGAUUGUCUGAUCCUGAAAGGGGGCAGAUGCUCCUGCCUUUCCGGCCUGUGGCUCAGGAGGAAGAAGAAAAUCGAACUUGAUCGGUCCUCAUGUUGAAGGCUUUGUAAAGGGAAAGAAUUCAGGAGUAUUUGAUGUAAUAAAAUGAAACUAAAGAUAUUCUGGAAUAAAAGAGAUGCCUUUGUAUAGAUGACCACAGUAAAAUAUGUAAAUAACCUAGAAAACCAGCCACAACCAGCAAUUUAAAGUUACUCUUAACUUUACUUUGAGAAAAUCAGUUUCAUAGUACUGGUUUUAAAUCUUUUUAAGUUUUUUUGUUGUUGUUUCUUUUUGUUUUAUUUUUAACCAUCUACUUUUAUAGAUUCUUUUUCAGAAGUAAAAUUUUGUACAUAUGUACAUGUACAUAUCUGUUUUGUUUGGGUUAAUUUCUAUAGAAUUUGUAAGAAUGAAAAUAAAAGUUUUGAUCCCCUGAUUACAUUUAGUUCUGCUUUUCCAGAAUAUUACAUUCUCCCCGAGGGGGUUGAGGUGCACAGGUGUCUGCAGACAGGGACGAGUGUACAGUGGAUUUCCUGCCUGCUUUCUGCUUAGCAAUUAUGAGGGACUUAAACAGGACUCUAAAAACUUGGGUCAGAAUCCCUGCACAGGUCAUUUUUAGCACUAGAGGUACAACUGUAGAUUUGGGCUGUAGUUUUAAUUCCUGUGCUGCACCAGAUUUAAGAUGUCUGUUUAUGAGACACUUCUGUGGAGCACUGAAGCAUCACCAACUCUGGCAGUGUUGGUCCCUCAGUCCUUAACUGUCAUCCACUCACCUGGGCGUCUAACCCACAUCAACUGGAUUAUGACACAGUUCUGUACCCUGACCUGCCACUUGCUUGCCUGAUUUAAAAUCCCUCAUUUUUCAGUCCAGGGGCGUGCAAGGCCUGGCUCAGCUGAGAGGGCACACAGGCCAGAGAGACUUCAGACCAGGCUGAGGAGAAGGGCUGGGAAAUUGGGGAGGAAGGGGACCCCACCCCAGAGAAGGAGCAGCCAGGAGCAAAGGCCACCCUGCUGAUGGUGAGCUGGCAUCACUUAUAAGACUCACCUGAUCAGAGCUGUUCAAAAAUGUGCUUCUUAGAAUAAUGAAAUACAGCCUUUUGUGAGAAAUGGUAUUUAGGAACUUUUUUUUAAAAAAAGAAAGCAUGAAUAGGACUCCUACCUUUAUUCUCUAUGUUUGAUCCUAGGAUUAGUGCUCACCUUUUUAAAAAGACAUGUGUGUCCGGCAAGAAGCAUUUCCUGUAUUGCUAGCCAUAAAUACUUAUGGAAUUGAAAAGG